GUGUGGAGGAGACCUCUGAACCACGGGGCCGCAGCACAACUCCAGCCGGAGCUUUGGGAGCACGCGCAGAAUGUCCGCCGCUCGCCAAGUUGGGCAUUUGCUUCGAGGGCGCCCGACCAGGUGAACAGCUCGCAAGGGCAGAGCCCAAUUUGGCCCGCGCGCGCCGAAACGAGGCCCCUUGCCCGCCCUCCCAAGAUGAGGAGUCUGCCAGCGCUGCGAGCGUGAAGCGAUCCUUGGGCCAGAGCAUGGAGCAGGUCUUAACACUGCUUGCAGAGGCUCGGGCCCUGGGGCUGGUGGAGGAAGUGAGGAGUGCCGAGACGCGCCUCAAGGCCGCGAUGCUCCAAAGAUUGGGCCCCGCGCCGUCCUCGACACCCUCGGCGCCCUCGCCGUCGCCUUCACCAAGCUACCCGGCUCCCGCAGGCUGCGGCUCUUCCGGUGCCGCCUCAGGUGUCGCUUCAGUGCCACGCAGCCGGGCACUUAGCCGGGCAUCUUCUUGCGACUCCUUCUUCGACGGCGAGGCCCUGCGCUUCGUGCUGGCACCCUCGCCAUCGAACACACCAGGUGACAUCACUCAGUCGAACUCCCCACGCUCACAUUGCCACACCCCGGGUGGCGGUGCCUAUGGGGAUGACUACCAGGCCUACCAUGGCAUCUACAGAGGCUCCUUGCCCAGCGCAGCCAGCAUUGACUCGGCGCUGCGAAAUGUGGCCGUGGCGGAGGCGCUGCAGGUGCCUCAGUCGGGCAGCCAGUGGGUGCAAUCGGGCAGCCAAGCGUCAGAGACCUUCGAGGAAGGACCCUUGGCGCCGGCCUUGAACGCCUGGCCCGUGGAUGCCUUGGCCCCGCUCCUGCGCGCCCCGGCCCCGGCCCCAGCCCCUUCCAGCGCACCCCUGCGGCGGCGCAGCAAGGCCUCCGCGGAGUCCGGGCCGAGCUUGGGCUUCAUGUGGCACAGCAGCCCCUUUGCCAUCUCCAGAACACCCAACAUCCACACACCCGUCUCGCACCACUCCCCCGCCCGAUCCCCGACCUCCUUCAGUGGCUACUGCUCCCCUAUCCCGGGCUUCCCGUCUGGAGUGGCCUCUCCCAACCGCCGCUCCGGCUACUCCUCCCCGUCCACGGGCCUGAACGCAGCGGCUUUCUUCACCGGCGCCGCAGCUGCCGCCACCCAGUCCGGGCUCAUGCGCCGGCUCAUGUCCUUGAGAGAGGCGCGAGGAGAAGAGCGCGAGGAGGACAGCGAGUGGUCCAGCGAGGACCCGUCCGAUGGCGGAGAGGCCAAGGCCCCGCCGGACCUCUUGGAGCUCUUGUUGAAGCACGCCGAGCGGGUGGCCCCACGCCGCGGGGGGCGGGAGCCGAGAUCCCUCUGCUUGGACCUGAGCUCCGAGCUCUUGCCCGUGCGGCUCCGGGGCUUGCUGCCUUGCUACGCGAUCCCCUUUCUCAAUGCCUGGGUGCAGGCGCUGCUUGCGUGCUCACCGCUCUGCCAUCUGCUGGCACAGGUCUCCUGGCAGAAGCAGCCGCAUCAGCCGCAUCAGCGCCCGGCGUACCACUGCCUCAUGCAGUUGGCCUGGGAGUUCUACGGACACUCGGAGCUUCCGGGAGCUUCUGCGGGCUCCGCGGGCGUGUUCAAUCGCCUGCAGGCCACGGGCGACCACGCGGUCGACGCAGCUUUCCUCGCCGAGCCGCUCCUGAGACGAUUUGAGAGGGGGAAGUCGGUGCAAGAGGCGCCGGUUUUCCCUGACCUUGUCGGUCCCGACAUGUUCUCCUGCUUCCUGCGGUUUUUCCUCGGUGAGCUUCAUGACGAGUGCAAGUGGCCAACUCUCUCCGCGGUGCCUUACCAGCACGAGGACUCACCGAUGAUGCGAAUCUUUGGAGGCCUCGUCCGGAAGUCCUCCCAUGGGAGGCGAGUGAGCACCCUCGGCGAUGGUCACGCUCACACGGAUGUGGCGCCCUUCCUCUUGCUUCACCUGGACCUCGCGGACCCUUUCGGGGAUCCCAAGACGCCCAUCUCUGUUGAGGCAGCCGUGGAGCAGCUUUUGACGCGGCAGGAAGCCCGGUUCCUUCGGCUCCCGCCUUUCUUGCUCCUCCACCUGCACCGCUUCCGCACGGGAAGCGACGGCUUACCCGACCGGGUCAACCGAAAGUGUCGCAUAGGCCUCGAAAUGGAGCUGGAGGAGGCCACGGGUUACACCCUGCGCUCAGUCACAUACCAACUGCGGAGUGCCAUCUGCCACUACGGCGAAGUCCCGGAAGGCGGGGCCUACAAGGCCUUCGCGUUGCAUUGCGACGACUUAAGGCCGGAGAACGGGCAGCGGCCAGGGCCGGAGGGUCGGCCGGAAGGGUCCUGGCAUGUGCUGGACGACGCAGCAGUGCGCUGCAAGAGGGACAUCCAAGAGACCAUCGACUCAGAGGGGCACCACGCCUGCUUGCUGAUGUUCCGAAGGCAAGACACAAAGACCGUGAAUCUCAGGCCGCAUGCCGUCUUUUCUUGA